GUUUCACUUCCGGGGGCGCCGGAGUUUUGUUUCCGGGCGGGGGGGGCAGCGGCGGCGGCGGCGGCGCGCGGGGAUGCCGGAGAUCGGGGUCCGCCAUGUGGUGUCCGCGAGCAGCGCCGACCCGACUCACUGCGCCGAGAACCUGCUCAAAGCCGACACCUACCGCAAGUGGAAGGCGGCGCAGGCGGGCGAGAAGCAGCUGUCGGUCAUCCUGCAGUUCGAGAAGGAGGAGCGGAUCCACAGCAUUGACGUGGGCAACGAGGGCUCAGCCUUCGUGGAGGUGCUGGCCGGCAGCUCUGCCUCACCCAGCGAGCAGGACUACGAGGUGCUGCUGGUCACCUCGUCUUUCAUGUCGCCCUCGGAGAGCAAGGCUGGCACCAACCUCAACCGGGUCCGGAUGUUCGGCCCGGACAAGCUGGUGAAGGCAGCAGCAGAGAAGAAAUGGGACCGGGUGAAAAUUGUCUGCACCCAGCCCUACACCAAGACCCUAGCGUAUGGGCUGUCUUUUGUGAAGUUCCACUCGCCACCCGAAAACAACGAAACACAAUCAAAAUCUGCCUCCCCGAAGGUGACCAAGCUGGGCCAGUUUAAGGUGAAGGACGAGGACAGCAGUUCUGCCUCAAUGAGGCCCGGGGCCCUGUUCUUCAGCCGAGCUAGCAAACCGCUUCUCACACCACCCAGAGCCCCGCAGACGGAGGAACCGUCCCCCAGCUACGCCGUGGCCACCCUCCAGGCCAGUACACCCAGCGCUGCCGCCUCCUCCCCCUCCCCACCCGCUGCAGAGAAACCCACCGCCAGGACCUCCCCGAGCCGCGCUGCAGCCUCCCCCAAGGAUCCGGCUCCCACCAAGAGGAAGUUUGAGUUCAGCAAGGAGAACUCGGUCCCCGCCUCUGCUCGGAAGCCUGACCCCGAGGCCCCCCACUCCAUGCAGCCAGCCCCCAAGAAGCCCAAAGCCCCAGAGCCACCCCCCAGCAGGCUGCCGGCCCACAAGAAGCAGCCGAAGGAGCCGUCGCCGGAGGGGGCAGGGGAGGAUUUUCAUAGGCUCCUGCAGGGGACGGUCUUCGUGCUGAGCGGCUUCCAGAACCCCUUCCGCUCCGAGCUGCGGGACAAGGCGCUGGAGAUGGGCGCCAAGUACCGGCCCGACUGGACCCCCGACAGCACCCACCUCAUCUGUGCCUUCGCCAACACCCCCAAGUACAGCCAGGUGAAGGGGCGCGGGGGCACCAUUGUGCGGAAAGAGUGGGUGCUGGACUGCCACCGGGCCCGGCGGCACCUGCCCUGCAAACGGUACCUGAUGGACGGUCCUCCUGCCUCGGGCAGCGAGGAGGAAGAGGAGAGUGAGGAAGAGCCGCCUGCCCGGCCCCGCAAGACCCCCUCCCCCCGACAGAGAGCCGGGCUGCCUAGCUCCAACCACCAGGGCAAGGCGCCUGCCAGGGCCCUGCCGCCUCAGGGUGAGUCCUCGGGGGAGGAGACAGAGCCCGGCACAUCCUGGGCCAACGCCGGCAACUCGCGGGCCGGGGGGGAGAGCUCCCCGGCCUCCACGGACAGCGGGGAGCCUGCAGGGGCGAGAGACAGCGGGGAGGGCGACUCCGGCGACACAGACGAUGAGCUGAGGAGGGUGGAGGAGGAGCACCGCAAGAAGCAGCAAGCGGGUCGGGAGGCAGCUCCGGACCCCGAUGACGACCCCUAUGGUGGGUCUACAGAUGAGAACACAGAUGUAGAGGAGGAGCCAGAUCAGCCCAUCCCGGAGCUUCCUGAUUUCUUCGUGGGCAAACGCUUUUUCCUCUAUGGCGAGUUCCCCUCCCAGGAGCGACGCCUCCUGAAUCGCUACAUCACGGCGUUCAGCGGGGAGGUGGAGGGCUACAUGAACGAGCGGGUGAACUACGUCAUCACGGCCCAGGAGUGGGACGACACCUUCGAGGAGCUCUUUGAGCCCGUGAGCUGCACCUACACCUACCUGCUCGCGGAUCGGAAGACCAAGGAGGCGGUUCUGAUCGACCCGGUUCUGGAGACGGCCAAGCGGGACGCGGAGCUGGUGAGGGAGCUGGGCCUCAACUUACUGUACGCAGCCAACACCCACUGCCAUGCAGACCACAUCACGGGCACCGGGCUGCUGAAGACGAUGCUCCCAGGCUGCCGCAGUGUGAUCUCCCAGGACAGCGGGGCCUUGGCCGACAUCCUCCUCCGCGAGGGCCACGCCCUGGAAUUCGGGGCCUUCGCCCUGGAAACCCGCUCCACCCCCGGACACACGGACGGCUGCCUGACCUACGUGCUCAGUGACAGGACCAUGGCCUUCACCGGGGACGCCCUGCUGAUCCGGGGCUGCGGCCGCACCGACUUCCAGCAGGGCUCCCCGGAGACCCUGUACCGCUCUGUGCACGAGAAAAUCUUCACGCUCCCCGGAGACUGUCUGAUCUACCCCGCCCACGACUACACGGGCCAGACGGUGUCCACGGUGGAGGAGGAGAGGACCCUGAACCCCCGACUGACCCAGAGCUGCGAGGCCUUUGUCCAGCUGAUGAACAGCUUGAACCUUCCUCAACCCCAACAAAUUGAUUUUGCUGUCCCAGCGAACCUCAAGUGUGGGAUACAGGAUGCAGCGACUUAGCCCAGCCCUCUUUCUCUAAUGCCCCGCCCCCUUGUAUUAAGCCCCACCCACCUCAUCAUAGGGCACACCCUCUCAUUGACCCUUAUGAUGAUGGAAGGUCCUUUGGCCUGGGGCUGGCUGUCCCUGACUCUCACUCUGGUCCCUCCCUUAAGCGAAAUCUGGGGGCUCCCUGUUUGGGGUCCUGAGUGGGAGGGUGCAUCCCUUGACUGGGGAGGGGGUUAAUGAUCUUCAACCAUGGCAGCUUCCCGACCCCCCCUCCCCUCCCCUCCCCACCCAGUCUAGCAUUAGGGAGUUUGCACCUUCCUCUGCAUUCACUGUGGGGUGGGAGCUUCCUGCUAGCCUCCCCUGGGGAGCAAAGCCCCCCCCCCUUCCCUGAGCCUGGUGUGCAGACAGCAGGGAACCCCUGCAGCCAGCAUUAGGGUCUGAGAGAGGCCCCAGGCCCCCAUAUUCUGCAUUUGAAUAACGGGGUGCCUGGGCGGACCCUGCUCAGUUCUGUCAGGCCCUGCUUCCCACCCUGUGCCUGAACUGGGGGGUCCCACCCACACUGCAGGGCUCCCUCCACUUGCUGUUUGCACCAGCUGGACUGCCUCUGCUCUGUGGGGCGUCGGCACCCGUGGGCCUAGAGCUGGGAGCGGGUGUUCCCCACUCUGGGCUGGAAGGGGGGGGCCCUCUUUAUGAAUGGGGCUCAGUCUUGGGGAGGGAGGGGGUUGGAAAUGAACCACUGCUGAGAGAAUAAAGUUGUGCUGGACCCAG